AUGGGCCGCAAUUCUGGUAGUUCCGAGAACAAGUUGCGGGGAUACAAGGCAGCAACCCAUAAUCCCCGCGUGUCAGAUGAAGCCCGUGCACACGCACAGCAAGAAGCCGACAAACUCUCCAAUUAUACCAGUGACGAGGAGCGUCACGAGGAGAAUGUCAAGCGCGGAUUGAAAGCUGCUGUGCAUAAUCCCCGCGUCACGGAGAGUGGCCGUAAGGGUGCGAAGGACAAGUUGAAUGAGAUGGGGGCGCCGGCGGAGUAA